AUCGGAGCGAGGCUGCAGGCUGCAGCGUAAAGUGAUCCGGGCGCAGGGCGCGCAGUGAGCGGGAGGACGUGAGAGCUCUGCACCGCUGCUGACUACCAGAGAAAACCAGCAGAGACCCACUGAGACCAGCAGAGACCCACUGAGACCAGCAGAGACUGGCUGCAAAGCACCGUGUAGGCUGCCGGCUGGUGCGUAAAAGUGAAAGCGUAAAAGCAGGGCGCCCGAUGGCCGGGAGGCAGUGAGAGCUCUGCACCGCUGCAGACCACCAGCAGAGACCCGCUGGAUUCUGUCAACCCCCCUGUGGAGCUUCUCGUUACUGCGGUGUGUGUAUGGAGCGGCAGGCGGUGCAGCGGGCCAAAGAGGCCUUCCAGACCGGCAGGUCUCGACCCCUGGAGUUCAGACUGCAGCAGCUCAACGCCCUGCAGAGGAUGAUCACCGAGAAAGAGACGGACAUCGCCGCCGCUCUCAAGCAGGACAUCAGGAGGAGCCAGUACGACACGCCGCUCCUGGAGCUGAUCGGGAUCGAGAACGAGAUCAAGCUGGCCACCGAGAAGCUGGCCAAGUGGGCGGCCCGUCGACCCGUGGAGAAGACCUUCCUCACCAUAUCCGAUGAGGUCUACGUGCAGCCGGAGCCGCUGGGGGUGGUGCUCAUCAUCGGGGCCUGGAAUUACCCGUGGGGCGUCACCCUCCAGCCGCUGAUUGGGGCUAUUGCUGCAGGCAACGCAGCUGUGGUGAAGCCGUCGGAGCUCAGCGAGCACUCGUCCCGCCUGCUCCACAUUCUGCUGCCUCGCUAUCUGGACACGGACCUGUACCCAGUGGUAAUGGGUGGCGUGCCGGAGACUCAGGAGCUGCUCUCGCUCAGGUUUGACCACAUCUUCUACACAGGCGGCGGCACAGUGGGUAAAGUGGUGAUGAAGGCCGCAGCUCACCAUCUCACCCCGGUCACCCUGGAGCUGGGGGGGAAGAGCCCCGCCUACAUCGACAAGAACUGCAACUUCAGAGUGGCCUGCCGUCGGAUCACGUGGGGAAAGUUCACCAACUGUGGCCAGACCUGCAUCGCCCCGGACUACAUCCUGUGUGAGCCCUCCAUCCAGGGCCCGGUGGUGGACUGCAUCCGGCAAACCCUGCUGGAGUUCUACGGUCCUGAUCCAAAAUCCUCGCCUGACUAUGGUCGGAUCAUCAACCAGCGGCACUUCACCAGAAUCAUGAGUCUGAUGGAGGGUUACACUCCGGUGAUCGGAGGGCAGAGCGACUCCUCACAGUGCUACAUUGCCCCCACGGUGCUGAAGGACGUCCCCCCACACUCCCGGCUGAUGCAGGAGGAGAUCUUCGGCCCCGUGCUGCCCAUCGUGACGGUGAGCGACAUGGAGGACGCCAUCAGCUUCAUCAACGAGAGGGAGAAACCUCUGGCUCUCUACAUCUUCUGCUCCGACAAGAAGGCCAUAAACAAGAUGAUCGAUGAGACCACGAGUGGAGGAGUGACUGUUAACGACGUGAUGAUGCACUACACGCUCAACUCCCUCCCGUUCGGCGGCGUUGGCCAGAGUGGAAUGGGCCGGUACCACGGAAAACACACCUUCGACCAGCUGAGCCACCACAAGGCCUGCCUGGUGCGCUCGCUGGCCAUGGAGCACGUCAACCUGUCGCGCUACCCUCCCCAGGACCGGCGGAGGGCUCGCAGGGUCCGGAUGGCCCUGAAGUCCCCCCUCAUCGACAUGUCCAAGAGGACCCUGGUCUGGGCCGUCGUCGCCACCGUCAUCGGCUGCGGCCUCUUCAUCACCCUGAUGAUCAUCCUGCUCGUAGCCGCAGGCCUCAACUGUACCUGCUGGUACUGGAGGGGCUUUUACAACUAGAGACACAGCCAAAGAACCAGCGCCAUGCCAGCACACAUUCUGAAUCCAACCUGAUAUUCUGAGGU